AUGGCAGAGAAGAAAAGUCUAUAUGAAAUAUUGAAUGUGCCAAAAACAGCAACUGAGAGCGAAAUAAGGAAAGCAUAUAAGACACUUGCCAAGAAAUAUCAUCCAGACAGGCACACAAACAAAUCAGAGAAGGAGCAGCAGGAAAUGCAGGAGAAAUUCAAAGAAUUAAACAAUGCGCAUGAGAUACUUACGAACAAGAACAAGAGAGAGUUCUAUGACCAUACGGGAAUGACAGAAGAAGAAGCAGCGCAGAGUGGAUAUGGGAGAGCAGCUGGUGGCGCACAUGGUUUCCCAGGCGGAUUUGGGUUUAAAACAAGCGAGUUUGAUUUUAGCGAUUUUUCGUCUAUGGGGGGAUCCGGUGGAGGAUUUCAUGGGUUCUCUGACUUUGGAUCCAUGUUUGGUGGCGCAGGAGGAUUUGAGAGCAUGUUUGGAGGAGGAAAGCAGAGGACUGCACAAAGGCAGACUGCACAGGCUAAUAAAACAUUUGAGUAUAAACUGCCUGUCUCCCUUGAGGAUAUAUGUAAUGGGGUAGUAAAGCAGCUUAAGAUUAAUAGAAAUACUAUGUCCGGGGGGAGAGAGCAGAGUCUGCUAGAUGUAAAUAUUCUGCCAGGAUAUAAAUAUGGAACAAAGAUUACAUACAAGAAUGCAGGAGACUACUAUGCAGACGGCACUGGCACAGAUGUGAUUGUAAUUCUAACAGAAAAGCCUCAUCCUAUUUUCAAGCUGAGCAAUUCAGAUAUUAUAUACGACAUGGACGUAUCAAUAAAGGAAUAUCUAGCAGGGAUUUCUCGGACUAUUAAAGGUCUUAAAAACAACACCAUUACUAUAAACAAUAGAAUAAUAGGAGACAAUUCAAAGCCAGCAGUAAUACCAGAAGAAGGCAUACCAGACAGAUCUAACGGAUCAAAGAGAGGGUCACUUAUCAUUAAAACGCGCAUUAUAAUGGACAUAACACCACAAGAGAGACAAGCAAUUUCUAAUGUAUUGUUAUGAGCGGUAAUUAGUAUUUAAAU